AUGGCCUGUUUAAAUAAUUUAGUAAAAAUUUUAUUUUCAUCUAUUAGUAGUUUUUACAAAUCGACAUCGAUGCUUCGCAUAUGUAAAAUGAUACAUUUUGUUUAUCUUUUUUCAGCCAAUGAAUUGAAUGCCAAUUCUAUUUUCCAGCUUCAGUUGUACGAUCCACCAAACAAUUUAAGCAUACCGAUUAAUUCUACUGUAUAUUUAAAAUGUCACCUACCGGUUAAACCAAAACAAACUGACACUGUUUACGUAAUAUGGCGAUUUCGACAUGCACACAAAGAUCCAGCACCAAAUAUUUGGAGUUUUAUUCACAAAGAUGAUGAUUUAGCUAGAUGUCCUCAACCGCCGAAUGUCUGUGAAUUUGUUAAUCAAUACAGUUCAUUGAACAAAUUCAAUCAAUCCUUGUUUAAUAAUAAUCCAAUUACAACGGAAAGUUUAUCUACAACAGAUGACAAUGAGCUUAUUCAUAGUAGGCAGUUAUUUACACUUACGCUAACUAACAUACAAUCCGAUAUGAAUGGAUUAUUUCAAUGUCAUACUUUAGUAAAUUUAGAUGCAUAUGAUCAACGUGGUUACUUAAAUAUUUUAGAUGCCCCAAAAUAUCCUUUGGUUAUAUUAGGAAUCGAAGAAACGAUGCCGUCACAUACAGAACUAAUUGAUGAUUUAAAGAAUUCAAAAACAACAUUCACUAUUAUCAGUGGAAAAUUAUAUUAUUUCAGCUGCCUUAUCACUAAUGCUAAUCCUAAACCAGUAGUCAACUGGUUUAUUCGACAUUCUAACAGUGGAUUCCGGAAACUUGUCACAUUUAAUAAUUUAACUGAAAGUAAACACUCAUCGUGGAAACCAUUUUUAAAUUAUGUAGACACACAGUCAUCAAAUGUUCUCACUCAUGAAGAUGAUGGGACAUUUUUAAAAUGUACAGCUACAAAUUCUAUGGGUUCAGCAUCUUCUGAAGAAGUGAAAUUAAAUAUUGAAUAUUUGCCAAUAAUAUAUCCAUUUGAAUCUAAUCCAAUACGUGUUUUGGAAACAACCGCAUUCAAACAAUUAUGUCAGAGUAAAGCAAAUCCUCCAGAUCGAAUUCACUGGAUCGAUGAAAAUAAAAAUAUAGUUUCAAACAACUCUUUACUCCAUGUUCACUAUGUGAACAGAAAUGGCCCAAAACUAUACAACUGUGUAGCUGUAAAUAAAAUUGGAGAAAAUACUCAAAAGCUGUUGAUAGAUGUAUUGUAUCCUCCAACUGUUCAUGUUCAAUCAAAAGUAACUGUGAAUGAAGGUGAAGCAUUGGAAAUAGCUUGUCGUGUUGAUGCGAAUCCAGUUGUUUCAUCAAUCUACUGGACUUAUAAUAAAUUUCCUAAUCAAACAAUAAUGACUAAUCAACUAUCCUCACAUUGGUUUCAAUCUAAUCGAAUAGAUGGUUCUGUCUUGAAAAUUCCUUAUACCUAUCCAUAUCAUACAGGACAAUAUUAUUGUCAUGCAAAUACUGAAAUUUAUAUGCCACAUGAUCUAUGGUUAUCACAAAAUCUAUCGACUUCAGAUGAAAUAUGGUCUAUUUGGAAACAAAGAUCUAGAGCAUUUGCUGCGGUUAAUUUAACCAUAAACUACUCACCUGGACAACCCACUUUAACUGUAGUACAUUCAACUAAUAAUGAUGGUGAAGAAUACAUUAUAUUACGAUGUCAAGAAAAUUCUUCAGCGCCUGGUCUACCACGUCCAACAUUUCAUUGGCUUCGAUCAAUUGGAAUGAAUGAAACAACGGAAAUUAUCGAUAAAUUUUUCAAUUAUGAAUAUGAUGCACAGUCGAAAUGUUUUACAAUUAUAUUAUUUAAUUUAAGUAUAUUUGAUUCUGGCCUAUACAGUUGUUUUGUUCGAAAUGAACUUGGUUCAAGUCAAUUAGCAUCUGUAAAUAUCCUUAUUAACAGUAAACCUGUGCUAACAAACAAAUCAAAUAGAAAAAUGAUUCUUGAAUUUCAAACUCCUCAUUUAUUCAAACAAAAAACAACCGAUCAACAGUAUGAGAUACAAAAUUUUUUAGAAUACACCAUACAAAUGAUCCCUGAUAACAAUAUGAGUUGUACAUUUAUAUCGAGUUUAUCUCCUGAUAUUCAAUGGUCAUUUCGCUCUUAUCAAAAUAUGGAUGAUUUUAGUACAAUUACAACUAUUAACCGAAGUGUAUUAAAACAAUGGAUGCAAUAUCAAAUGAUGAAAAAUAGAUUUGGCUUAUGGCGAAUUGUAACGUCAUUAAAUUUUCAAUCCGAUAAUAUUACGUCAUAUAUUAAGAACGCCUUAAAUAGAAUUUUCAAUAAAUUAACUGAUGAAUUUCCUGGAAAAUUGAUACCAUAUAGUUGGGAUUAUCAAAUGUUAAAACAGCUGUUAGAGUUUCUAAUAAUUCUUCAACUUGAAGGUGAUUAUUUGUGUGAAUCGUCAAACUCUUUAGGAACUGAACAUGGAUUGAUUACUUUAAGCGUUCAAAAAACACCAAGUUCACUUAUCAGCUUCAGUGAAGUAAUAUCAAUCUCCAUGAACAAACAAAACCUAAAUCAGUACACUGGAAAUGAAAUCAAAUUACAUGGUCCAUUGUUUUGUCAAUUCUAUGGUAAACCAAUAUUAAAUCAAGUCAAAUGGUGGAGAUAUUCAGGGAAAACUUAUAAUGAACACAGUAAACUGAAUCAGUGGGAAUUAAUUCAUAAAACUGAAAAGUUUAAUGAAUCCAUUCAUACUGAAGAAACAUCCAGUCUAAUAAUUAUCACCGGAACUCCAGCAUUUAUUACAUCAUCUAGAUUUGACUUGACCAUGAAUGAAAGACAAUCAACUUACGAGAUGCUUAUUCACAGUUUGGAAAAAAUAACUUAUGGAUUUACAAUGUUCACGUUGCUUUGGCUCAAGAAAUUUGAUGAAAAAGAUUACGGAUAUUAUAAAUGCCAAUCAGAAAGUGAAUUAGGAAGCGUUUCAGAAAUCCGUCAAAUACAGAAACCAAAUUCUCCACAAGUUAUUACUGAUUUGUAUCAUAUUCAGUCUACAUGGACUUCGGCAACUAUAUUUUGGAAGCCAGGUGGAUUACAUAGUUCUCCAGUGAACUGGUUACAUAAAGAUCUGUUAAACAAUUCAGUCAAUAACAUUCGACAGAAAAUUCAAAAUUUAUUAUCCAUUUGGGUGGGAAAAAUUCAAGAUACACAACAAUAUUCUAUUCAUUUAGAAGAUCGUGGAACAAUCACUGCUCUAAUGAAUGAAACUCAAUCACAUUUGUCAGAGUCUUUCAAGCCAUUAAACAAUUCAAAUCGCUUUAAUAGUCCAUUUUCAGUUCAUACAAAUGAUGGUGACUUGCUGAAUGUCAAAGAAAGAAAACAAAUACAAAAAAAUGUAAUAAAAAAUAAAUUUCUAAUAAAUACUGAAGGGCAAAAUUACGUCAAUAUAAGCGGUUUAAUUCCAAAUCACUUUUACACAGUGACAAUAUCAAGGAUUAAUAAAUAUGGACAAAGUAAACCAUCCAGACCACUGACUUUCAAAACGAAAAAUUUCCACCUUGAGCUCCCAGGUCCUAUAUAUUUAGAAGAAACAAAAGAAUUAAUACAAUUUUCCAAAGGUAAUCCAGCUCUAUGCGCUCAAGUUGAAGUAGGUAAUACUAACAAUGUUAAUAGUAGCACUAGUACUAGUACUAGUACCAUUUCUUGGAAUUCUAUACACUUUUUAUUAAAUUAUUCACCUUAUAUCAUCCUCGAUAAAAAGAUAUUUCAUUCUGAAAUGAAAAAUCAAUAUGUGGAAUUAGGCGAUUGUAAACCAUUAUCAUGGAAUCAGUAUACAGAAAUUCCAAUUAAAUUACAAAGAAAUUUUCAUUUUCGUGCAAGAUAUUGCAUUUAUGGAUAUAAUACAAUGUGCACAGAAUAUAUACAACCAAUUAAAGGUAAAAUUUUAUUUUUGAUAAUUUAA